AUGUCAUUGUAUCCUAUUAAAAACCUGGAACCGGGUCCAGCAAGGCGCGACUCGGUGUUUGGCAACACUACAGCAACAUACUCGACGGAACAUAAUGACAUAAUUGACGGGGGAACGCGGGUGGCGGGCGGCGCGGCGGACUUUGCGGGGCGCAUGCGCGGGUUUGACGGCCAAGGUCGAGGCCGCGCGAUUCUGCCGCGCACCGCCGCGUCGCUCGGAUGGUUAUUCUCGCGCGCCCUCUUUCUGGUAACGACUUUUGAGGGACAAAUGCGCAGUAAACGACGCGAGUGUUCCUGUGUCCGGGACUACAAGGCCGUAUAA